AUGAGCCUCCUGUCCGCCAUCGAGACCACCGCCGCUUCGGUGUACCAGCCGGCCCAGCUGCUCAACUGGGUGUACCUCUCCUUGCAAGACACGCACCAGGCCAGCGCCUUCGACGCCUUUCGCCCGGAGUCCGCCGCCUCCACGCAGCCCCCGGAGCUCGGCUACCCCGGCAAGAGCGGCGCCGAGCUGGGCUCCUCCUCGCUCAACUCCAGCUACCUAAACAGCUUCCUCCAGCUGCAGCGGAGCGAGGCUUUGAACAGCAGUCUGUAUAAGAGUGCUUCUCCUUACGGCUCUCUCAAUAACAUCGUGGAUGGCUUGAAUUCCCUUACGGAACAUUUCUCCGACAUUUCCCUAUCAUCGGAUGCCAGAAAGCCAAGCAAGAGACCUCCGCCAAACUAUCUGUGUCACCUUUGCUUUAACAAGGGACACUACAUCAAAGAUUGCCCACAGGCUCGUCCAAAAGGAGAAGGCUUGACUCCAUACCAAGGGAAGAAACGCUGCUUUGGAGAAUAUAAGUGCCCCAAAUGCAAGAGAAAAUGGAUGAGUGGGAACUCGUGGGCCAACAUGGGACAAGAAUGUAUCAAGUGCCAUAUUAACGUUUAUCCUCACAAGCAGAGACCCUUGGAAAAACCCGAUGGACUGGAUGUCUCGGAUCAAAGCAAAGAACACCCUCAGCAUCUCUGCGAGAAAUGCAAAGUCCUGGGCUACUACUGCCGCCGUGUGCAAUAAAGAAACCCACGGAGACUCCACAGAUCCGGUGGCGGCAGCCAAAAGGGAAGGAGGAGGGACCGUCAUCUAAGAACCUUCAUCCAUCACCGAUAUUGCCUAACCUAAUCAUACGCCUUCCUUUUAACUGAAUGUAACACUUCCCCUGUGUAUGUACGGACAUGCAACUUGUAUCUGUAGGUCUAUGUGGUGUGAGGCGUAUUCCUUCCUUGAGGGUCUCACAAAACAAGCCAUGUUUUCAUAUGGGUGGAGACCAACUGGCCGCUGGCUCUUGCUGGACUGUACCCGCCAUAAGUCACAAUGGAUUUGUACCGCUACGGUGGUUUCCACUGAUUGUUUACACAAUUUCAGUAUUCUACCCUAAGUGAACUAAGUGUUGUUUGUCCAGAGAGAUCUUGUCAGGUCGGGAACAUAUGUUUGGAUGAAUUAAGAGGUGGGGUGGGAUAGGAUCAGGCAGGCAUGACUCAAAAUGCAUUUUAUGGGGGGGAGUCUAUAAGUCUAAAUCAGAGGUCUCCAAACAGUGGACUUCAACUCUCAGAAUUCUCCAGCCAGCAUAGCUCCCAGAAUUCUGGGAGUUGAAGUCCACAAGUCUUAAAGUUGCCAAGUUUGGGGAGCCCUGGUCUAAAUGCUAUUGAUAAAUGCUUAUUUUAGCUCAUGCUGCCAACUAGAAUUCUUUAAGACUAAGAUUUUAGGAGGAAUGAAGGAUGUGAUGCAAAUAUUCAUGUUUUUUUUCUUGGUUGGGGAGAUGGUUUGGAAGUUCUACCAGCUUCCUUGCUUUCCAAGAGUGAAAUCUCUAAAAAAAGAAAAGAAAAAGCUAUAAGGCCUGAGCUAGGAAAGAAUUAAGGAUGUGAUGCAAAUAUUCAUUUUUUCUUGACUGUGGGCACGGUUUGGAAGUUUUACUAGCUUGCUUGCUUUCCAAGAGUCUUGCAGGGCCACCAAAGAGAGGCUUUUGGGGGAGCUUUAGGGUAUUUUUUUAUAAUCUGCGGGCUGAAAAGAACAAGUGAAUAAUUGUCUGAUGAGUGGUUUUUAUAGAAACGUGGCAAUGGUAGAACACAUAGGGUGGAACACGAAUUUGUCUUUCUUAUGUAGCAACUUUAUGCAUGUUUAUGUCAAUGCACAAAGGGAGGCUCAGCCAAUCUCAUUGUACACAGGUUGUACUCUGACAAUAAAUGUAAUAAUAAUGAAGGUCCCACUAAAAUCCAGAGACCUAUUUCAGAACUAACUUGCAUAAAUGCACUUAUUUUUAAAGGCUGUUUUUGUUUGCCCUAACUUCCCAUGGUGUCUGUUACCCUCACCUUUUUUUCUUUAGCUACCAAUGGUGGCUAAAUUUCCUAUCCUCAGGCUGCAUAACCAACAUAUGUAGCCAACAAGAGGAACAUCAUUUUAUCUUCAACAGACAAAGACUGUCCGGGUUCAUCUCCCCCUUCUCCACUUGGGUCUGCUUCUCUACCACCAUUGAUCCCAAACACAUAAUUUCAGGUGGAGUUUGGCCUGUUCCUCCAUCAACAAUUAAUGGUGGAACCAGCCAGAGAUUCAUCUUGCUUUCAUGCUACACUUUUCCACAUGAAUGUUCUCUCAAUGGGUUGGACUGCACCCCCAUGUAAUCCUUGGCCAACUAAGGCAAAGGAAAAGAAAGUUUGAUACAUUUAUAAAAGAAAUACUGAGAAAUCCUUCUCUCUCUCUCUCUCUCUCUCUCUCUCUCUCUCCCUCCCUCCCUCCCUCCCUCCCUCUCUCUCUUCAGCUACAGAUUGCAAUUUAUUUCAGUCUUGCAUGGUGCCAUUACUUUUAGAACAACCUCUAAUAGAAAUAUGUCUAGGAUCAAGAUUUAGUCUUGAGUUCAGAACACCCAGAAAUUUGUUGUAGGAGUCUGUUUACAAACUUCUGUUGGUCCAGAUUAACUCAAUGGGUAAUCUUCAUAGGAUUACACUGAACCCAGUGGAGGUGGCCUAUUGAUACCUUCAGCUUGAUGGUCUAUUAUGAUGAUUAAGACCUUUUCUUGAUGGCUUCUCCAUGGGAAUCUAUAAUUUCAAUUAGCUUUGAGUUUAGAACACCAGAAAAAGAGGAUAGAGUUCACUUACUGACACAUAAUGCUGUAUGAUAGACCCACAUUUCAUUUUGCAUAAUAAGCUGCACUAUAGCAGGACAGAAGGAGAAGUGUCCACUUUGAUCUUUCUCAAUAUUGGCUGGCAGUUGACCUCUGAAAAGGGUUUCCAGGGACCUGUGGAAGUUAAACUAAGAGUAAUUUUUAAUAACAUAGUUAUUAAAUGCACAACUGGAAAAAUUAUUCUUUUAACCAUUUUUUAAUUCUUAGUAAAGGUAAACCAAAUCAGAUCUAGUUCUUGGUUUACUUACAGAAUAGAAUAACAGAGCUGGAGGUGACCUUGUAGGUCAUCUAGUCCAACUCCUUACCCAUGUUUUACUGUUUUUAAAAAGCCAGAACUCGGCUGCCAUUCAUUGUCUAACUUUGGUUCCGUGUCUGUCUUAGAAGGAAGCAUCUUAAUCCUGGUACUUCCUACUGCGAAGUUUCUGCCCUUUUUUAUCAAUCGAAGCAGAUUUGCUAAUCAAAAUUAUCUGGCAGGAUUAGUAGAAAUAAAUUUCCCUGUGAAUGGGGGGGGGGGAAUUAGUUUCAAGAUCACUGACUGAAAAAUAUAUCCAUCUUCUGUAUUAAUUUUGCAAUCCAUUCAGAAUGUAUUCCCAUGAGUCCAAAAUGAAUUUCAAUAACUGGAAUCAGGCUACGGCAUAACGAAAUUGACGAAAGUCAAAGGGGGUCUGAAUACGUUCUAAAUGCACUGUAGAUUCCAUGACAUCUUCAGAAAGUAGUUGUUCUGUCUAAAUGUACUCAUUUUCAGUGAAAUAAUAGCUGCUAUGUCUAGAUAAAGUAAGGGUUUCUAUGAUUGUACAAAGGUAUUAUCCUUAUGUACAUCUUCUCUAUACUUCAAACAGACUCUAGCAAUUCGAUUAAGCAAGAGAAUUUUGAAGCUUUAUAACAAAACCGAUCUAUUACUGGAACUAUCCUGAAUAAUAGUUGAGCUUUUUUUAAAAAAAAUUACCUUCAUUUAAAAUGCUGUUAAAACAGCGGUUGAAGCAUUCUAGGUAUCCCCCAUUUCUAUAGAAACCUAGUGUUCAGGCACAAAGAAUCUGGACCAUAAUGUUAAAUUGAAACCAAGAAGAUUGCUCGGGCCUAUGGACAAGAAUCUAGUCAACACUAAAUUGGUGCUAGAUAAGUCAAUGGAAGAAGGAUUAGACAUUGUGGGAGCAUAAAGACUUUAGGCUAAUGACUCGCUUAACUCCUCCUUCUGGCCCUGCCGGCUCUUCUACAGUUUGAGGUAGAUUAGGAAUUCCAAUCAGGGCAACAUUGAACAGGUUAAGUUAUGUUAUACAAAAUCAACUCGAGACCACUGCCAGAUCAUCAAGGAGAGUGAUACCAUUCUCUGUACUGCAGAUGGCAAUUAAACAGAGGUUCUUUGCAUCUGGAAAAGUUUCCAGAUACUUGUAGGACCCCUUAGGACCUUAGAGAACUGGACCUGCCUGGUUUUGCCCAACCACAAGAGCUCAGCAAUGUAAGGAUUACAGGGUAAGGGUCUACAAGGCAGGGAGAUAUUUGACAGUUCUUGCUGCUCCUGUCUAGCUAUUCUUGGCCUCUUUCUAUAAAUUCCAAGUCAACCCACACCUUUCUGCCAUAGAACUUAAGGAGCAGUGUCCAAAUGUAACCUGUUCCAGCUAUUCCCAAAUACUUUCCAGAGAUGAGAUCCUCCAAGCCAGCAAUAUACCAAUGGCUUGGUAGAUUGGACUUGAUGUUUGUCCAGCAAAUUUGAAAAAAAAAAAAAUCUUGGCAAAUGUUGCCAACACCCAGAAUUAUUUUCCAGAUGUACAUGGAACACAUACCUUACAGUUUCUCAUGAACAACUACUUCUUUUUCAAAUCAGUGGGAAAUUCCUGUAUCUUGAUACAAACAGUUGCAGCAUCUUCUAUAGGAAUGGAGUGAACUUCCUAAUUUAGAAAAGUUGCUAAAUCUGUUUAGGCUUCCAUGGAAACAAGGGUAACUAAAGUGCAUCUCUUUAUGGGGAGGGGGUAUUAUGAACCUGAUGAAUCUGCCUUAAGCCAUAGGUAGAAAGCUAUUUUUUUUAUAGCUUCAAGGAAAUUUUCUUGACACAGUUAGAUAAUAUUCCAUUAGCAGUUUGGUCAUUGUUCAUAUUGAAUCCAAUGGUUGUAUGGAAACUACUCCUUUAAAUCCCGUUAUUGUCAGUGGGUUUAUUAUAAAAAAUGAAUAGGUGUAGAUGAAUCCACGAUUAGACCAUUUCUGGAUCAGUUCUUGUUUACAUAGCAACUCCUCUGAAUUAAUAAAGCUGAAAGCUUUCCUCUGCAUUGUUUACAUGAUUAAAGACUCAAUUAAUUGAGUCCAGAAAAAGAAAAUAAAGAUUAAUGGUAUUGUAACAUGUUUUAAGAAAAAAGAUAUAAACCAGAGAAUCUGGCUAAUUAGACUCCUGAAGUCACAUUAGCCUUUCUAGCAUUGUGUCAUUAUCCAGAGCAGGAAGAAUUGAGUGAUGACUUUUGAAGACUUGAACUUUAGUGUUAAAGUUCGUUUUUCUUUAUAAGUAGGAGCAAGCAUUGAAUAAUAGGAGAAAUACAAUACAAGUAGCCUUAUAUUAUACCAGCUGCAGGUUUUGUUAUUGUUGUUAUUGUUGUUGUUUGAGCACUUAUAAAAUAUUAACCAAAACCUUUCUAGUUGUUGUCAUACCUGCCUACAUAAAAUUCCCCAAAAGUAUACUAGGAGAACAAAAUGUAAAUAAGGUUAUUAUUAUUAUUUUUCAACUGGUGUUAAAAAUGAAGGCCAGCGGAGCACAAUUCAUUUUAAAUAGCUGGCAGUUGUUCUUAAUUAUCUUAACAGAAUAACGAAUUUGGAAGGGACUGUGGAGGCCUUCUAGCCCAACCCCUGCUCAAGCAGGAGAUCCCAGCCCAAGCCAUUUCAUGUAGGUUUAAUACCUUAUGCUCAAAAGAUAUCUUCUGGAGAGUAUUCUGCAAUUUGAUUAAGGUUAGUGGCAGACAGAACUCAGAGUGUAAGUUUUGUGUGCGCGAGACUCCAGGAAACACCCUGACUUUAAAGCCAGCUGAGAAAAGAAUCGAUAGCAAGAAUUAAUAGCAGUGCUAUUGAUGAAACAAACCAAUUGUGUACGGUAUGAUUUUUGAGUAUCUGUUGAGAUUGCCUCUAAAAGGGUUGGUUUUAAACUGAAUUGUGAAGAUUUUCAUUCAGGGGCUGCAAAUGACCUGCAUGGAUGAGUGGGGCAGUGAUGUCCUACAUGCCUUAUAUUGAAUUCCUCUAUCAGCCUUGCGAUACUGCAAUUCAACAGAGAGUAGAUUCUAAUUCGGCCUUCUAAGAAUGCUUCAUGCCACAUCGUCUUGUAAGAUAGGGGUCCCCGACCCCCGGGGGAUGCGAACCUGGCCUGGGCCGCAGCAUGCCAGAAACCAGGCAAUGCAAACAAGUGAAGCCCCAUCUGUGGGGGGUUUCCAAAUUUUUUUCCUACCAGUUCUGAGAGCAUGCAGAGCUCAAAGACCGCCCUCUAUAUCAAUGCUGGUGAGCUGUGCUGUUUUCAGCUCAGCUGAGGUGCGGCAAUCCACUCUGCCAAUCAGCUGAGCUAAAAAACAAGGCAAUUUAGGAGAGGUAACAGUGGGGGCAGGUGGGCGAGGCCAGCCAGAGGUGGUAUUUGCCGGUUCUCCAAACGACUCAAAAUUUCCACUACCGGUACGCCAGAACCGGUCCGAACCAGCUGAAUACCACCUCUGGGCAGCACGCAAAACUGUGUCACCUCUGGUCCACGGGAAAACCUCUCUCCACGGAACUGGUCCCUGGUGCCCCAAAGGGUUAGGGGCCGCUGUUGUAAGACAUGACUUUAUACCUAGCUAAAAUUUCAGUGCUCUUUCCUUUCACGUCUGCAAAAAACCACUGCCUCUAGAAAUAUUUCUGUGUGAUUGUAGCACUGAUUGAGCCUAUUAGGGUAACUGAACAAAAUGAAGGCUUGUGUUUUCUUAGGAUAAUUGUCAAAGGGACAAUCGUGUGCAGUUAAUACAUGUAGUCCAUGGAUAUUAAUGUUUACUCUCCCUUGUUAUGAAAUAUUUUACAGUUUUACUUGCUGAAGUGUAUUUAUCUUGAGUUAUACUUGACAUAGUGUU